AUGUGCAAGCUGUUCCCGGACACUUUUGUCGAAUGGAAUGCAUGGGCCGAUGCUGAGAACUACCUUCUCGUCGAACGCUUGUCCAGCAGCUCGACUUCGGAAGAGUGGCAGGAAGUGGUGGAGAUGAUGGACGAGGGAGAAACCUUCGAGCUCGAGAGUGUUCGUUUGAAAGCUCGACGAAAGUAUGCGGCCAGCCACCAGCUGAGUCUCGAGGACGUCUCCUUGGAGGACGUCGUGGCAUCUCCCCAUGGACUCCAAGGCUGGGCGGAGAUGGUUAUCAGUGUGCCCGGGAUUGAGCAGGUGGAUGAUGGAGCAUCGCAGGCGGGAACAACGGUCUCAACCAUGGCCACACCUCAAAGCAAGAGGAAGCGAGAGGAUUCGCCAACCACCGACGAGAAGCCGCCCGGCAAGUCCAAGUCAGGCAAGAAUGGCGGCCACAAGCCGAAACCCAAGGCCAAGAGCUGUGCUGCUUCGAAGAACAACAAGGCUCAGGAGAAGAAAGCCAAGGAGCUCCUUUGCCUCUAUGAGCGUGGCCAGCAGAUCGUGGAUCGGGUGGUGGGAGAAGCAGACCGCUUCCCUUCGGAGUGGUCGUGGUGCAAGCCGUUGCUGGAGGAGUACCGCUCCAAGCAGGAUGAGUUCCAGAAAAGCCUCCACCCAAGUGGAGCGGAGGAUCUUACCGAGUUCAUCAACGAGUUCCGCCUCACCCUCAUUUCCCCGACAGCUUUAAAGGACCUGAAGAAGGCCCAGAAGGACCACUACUAUCGGCUCCUGACGGUUUUCAUCGACCGCUGCAACAGCAUCUGCGAGCAGAGCCACGGCCGCAUCCGUAGAACGAGAGUAGAGGCGAACCACAUUGCGAGCAAGAUCGACAACAUGGCCAAGGCAAUGUCGGCAGCCUCAGCCAUGCCCGCAACCCCGCAAACCGCGAAGAAGAAGAGGAGGGCCUCUGCAGAUGAACCCGAACAGCCGCUGCUCCCUCAACAGACACGUGCUGGCGAAAACCUGCGAGCUUGCCUGCUAGACCGCUUCACGAUGGGGAGCAUCACUGGUGCAGAUGUUGCUGAGCUUAGCUUCCACAUCACGGAAGCCGGGGGACGAGGAGUUUCGGACCUAGCUCUUCGCCCGGAGGUCGCAAAGUCACACGGACACCAACACGUUCGUCGUAAUGCUGGAAAAUUCUACCCAGAACCCGAUGUCACUUAUAUCAACACACCAUUAUUCAUGAAGCGAGAGACUCGAAGGGUUAACGAAAGGGUUCCUAUGAUGCUGCCAUCGAAGCUGUUUGAGCUGUUCGUUGAGAAGCCAGAGGUCCUAUCAAAAUCCGAAAAGCGGUACGAGUUCUUCAACGGGCUAUCUUGCUUUGAACAACAUCCUGUAGUGUCGCAAGCACGUUCCCAAGGAAUCCCCGUGCGACCGAUUGCAUUGUAUUGGGAUGGAGUGAGAUAUUCCGUUCACGACUCCUUUACCGGGUUCUUCGUGACUGACCUCCUUUCCGAACAGAAGUUCCUAUCAUUCCUGCUCAGUGGCCUCGAUAUGUGUCAAUGCGGAUGCCGUGGCUGGUGUUCCCUGUAUCCGGCUCUAUUGGAAUGGACCCGAGACCUGCAAAAGCUAGCUGCGAGAGACACUGUUCGCUAUGCAGUCUUAGACAUUCAGACAGACUGGCCGGCAUGGCUGGAGGUUGUAGGGGCUCGGUUUUGGAGCCAUGGCAAGUUCCCCUGUCCGUUGUGCAUGAUCAAUCAAGAGCAACUGUGCCAGCCACACGCCGAGGGGGUAACCGUCGUGAGUAUGCCAUAUGAGUUGUUCACACACGACACGUACGAGGUGACUCUGCGAGAAUUCACAAAGGUAGUUCCAAUCCCCGACGCAGAGACUAUGAGAACUAUCACGAGGCACCUCGAGUACAAGAAAGCAACCCUUGGCAGAGCCCUGGUUUGCGACUUGCCGCAACUUGGCCUCCGCAAAGGUUGGCGGCUGGAGCCGUGCCCAGGUCUGCCUGAUGUUGGACAGUUCGAGUUUACCCCGCUUCCGUUCGAUUGCACGUUUUGGGUUGGUCCGGAAGAUGGUCGUUUGACACACGGUUGUCCACUCUUCGACAUCCCUGGGCUGACGUGGGAAAGUUGGGCCAUAGACAUCAUGCACUCCUGGCAUUUAGGUCCUCUACAACAACUUGUCAGUUUGACACUCCACUUCUGUAUCGGGUCAGGACUAUUCGCUCCCAAGACAAUUCAUCUUAAUGCUUCGGAUCGACAGCAGAUGAGUUUACUCGUGAUUAAGUCGGAGCUUUUCUUGUUUUACCAGCAGCUUCGGGAGUUGGACCCGGAGUGGAAACGCAAAGGUACUGAGGCUGGGAUGGGAUAUUAUGUUGGGCGACCUAAUUAUUAG